ACAGUCAACAGACAGUCGGUCCGGACUGAAGCUGCACCGGGUCCAAUUUUUCCAUAUUUAUUUAUUUUAUUUCUUCACGGUCUGUUCAACAGCAUUCAAACAAGGCGGUCUGAAUUGAGUGUUUACGGGGUGCGAACGAGGCCGUUUGUGGCGAGUUUUGAGGAUAAGAACGCGCUCCGGAGUGUGACGCCUGUUUUUAUUUGUGUUCAGAGCUACGAUGCGUAUAUGACACACCGAAAGUUAAAUUAAAGUAUUUUUGGUCUUGACAGUUUAAAGACACGACUAUAUAUUUAAACAUGCUUUUGCACUUUAUAUCUUUAUAUCUAAGCGUCGGCUUUUUUAGUACUUUAUAUGUAAACGCACAUGUGUUUGCGCUCGAGAGCAGGCCAGUGGUAAAAUACCGAUUAUAAUUAUCAUCAUCAUUUCAACACACCCGUCUGAUGUCUUUAUUUUGUGUGCUUUAAAUAUUCCUGUCAAUUCUUUAACUUGUUCUUGAUCUUGAUAAGAGUAACAGUACUAUCGAUGGUGGACAGGGACCCUAAAGACACAUUGUUUGCUAUAAUGUCAACAUGAUGCCCAGGUCAGAUAUUCUCUUUUAAUGUGGCUAACACUGAUUCAGUUUAACUUUAACUUUGUGACCGAUGUUGCAGGAACCUACACCCUAAACUGCAGGACAGGAUUGGACAUAGAAACUAGAGUAGAGAUUUCAAACGUAGGUGAGAGCUCUGAUAUAGACCUUAAAAUAAUGAAAUUAAUAUUAAGUGAAGUGCGAGGGCAGUCACCAAACAUUUAGGAAAUAUAUGUUGAUGCCAUACAAAAAGCAGUGAUUUCUGCUGUCAUGUGAACUUUGUGUGUGUGAUUCACUUGGCAAGGAGAUAUUGAACUGUUUCUCCCUGAGUUUCAAAGGAUUAAACCGCAGUCUUGGUGGUUGAAGGAACUUACAUUGAAUUAAGUGUGUGACAGACAGUGGUGUGACAGACAGUGGUGUGCUCCAGCUCUCUGGAAAUGAGAAAAUGAAUUGCGAGGAGCAAGCUGUAGAUUUGUGCAAUGCUAUGACAAAACCCAAUGUCGAUGACAACACUACAUCACACCCUGUGGAUGAAAUCUUUCCCCAUGACAGUCUCAUGCUGAUGGAUGGAGACCAGGGGGAAAGGGAUGCUACUACAGAAGCUGCUGUCCUUGCGAGGUUAAAAGAUGUCCAUGCUAAGGAUGAGGAUAUUCAGGUUUCCUCAGACAUCAUAGCACUGCAUAUUAAAAACAAUGGAUCCAUUGCAUCAGCUGCAGAGUCAGCAGUCCCUUUAAAUGGUUCUAGCGCAGACCAGAAACAAAGUAAAAGCAAUGUGAAGGUUGAGGAACCACCAGUGACCAAAUGCACGGUUCGAGAUGGGGGUGAUGAUGAUGGUGAAAUGGAUAUCGGUGUGGAUUUAAGUCUGGAUGAAAAUGGCGUUUUGGAAAUGGAGCCAGCGGUCCAGACGGCCACUGUAAGUGAUGACAGUGCCUCAAGUUGCGAUAAAUCCCUAAUCUUAGAAACGUUCACAGAACUGCAUUCACGGAAACGGAAACCUUCAGAAGAAAGUAGCGAUGACGUGCCUAUGAGUACUCCUGGCAUGGAGGAUGGUUCUCCUGCUUCCACCCCAGGGGAGGGAGCUGGGAUUAAGCACGGCUCAAAGAGGGUGACCUUUCCUUCGGACAAGGACAUCGUCUCAGGUGCGGUUGAGCCAAAGGACCCUUGGAGACACGCCCAAAAUGUGACAGUGGAGGACAUUCUGAAUGCCUAUAGACAAGCAUGCCAGAAACUCAACUGCAAACCAAUUCCCAAAGUGCUCAAACAAAUACAGGACUUAAAAGACCUGACGCAGCGAAACGAGUGCCUAGACCUCAAAGGAGAGAAACUGGACUAUAAAUCAUGUGAAUCUUUGGAGGAGAUCUUGAAAAGGGUGCAGUUUAAAGUGGUAGAUCUGGAACAGACCAACAUGGACGAGGACGGAGCAUCGGCUCUGUUUGAUAUGGUAGAGUACUAUGAAUCUGCCACUCAUCUCAAUAUCUCCUUCAACAAGCACAUCGGCACCCGGGGCUGGCAGGCUGCCGCCCACAUGAUGAGGAAGACAAGUUCUCUGCAGUACUUGGACGCCCGCAACACCCCACUGUUGGACCAUUCGGCUCCGUUUGUGGCCAGAGCUCUGCGGAUCACUGGCAGUCUAACUGUCCUACACCUGGAGAACGCCAGCCUCUCAGGACGACCACUCAUGCUUCUGGCCACGGCACUGAAGAUGAACAUGAACCUCAAAGAGCUGUAUUUGGCUGAUAAUAAGCUUAAUGGUCUGCAGGAUUCAGCUCAGCUGGGGAACCUGCUGAAGUUCAACUACAACAUCCACAUUCUGGACCUGAGAAACAAUCACAUACUAGACUCAGGGUUGGCGUAUAUUUGUGAGGGUCUCAAGGAACAGAGGAAGGGUCUGGUCACUCUGGUGCUCUGGAACAACCAGCUCACACACAUUGGCAUGGGAUACCUAGCUGCCUCUUUGCCAUUUACUCAGAGCCUGGAGACACUGAACCUGGGACAUAACGCAGUGGGAAAUGAGGGAGUGCACAAACUAAAAGAUGGACUGAUAGGGAACCGCUCCAUCCUCAGGCUGGGUCUGGCUUCCACCAAAAUUUCCUGUGAAGGAGCGGUCGCUAUAGCGGAGUUCAUCGCUGAGAGUCCAAGGCUUCUCCGGCUAGACCUGCGGGAGAAUGAAAUCAAGACUGGGGGCCUCAUGGCUCUCUCGCUUGCCUUUAAGAUGAACACAUCUCUGCUCCGACUCGACCUGGACCGAGAACCCAAAAAAGAGACGGUGAAGAUAUUUAUUGAGACACAGCGUGCCCUGCUGACAGACAUUCAGAAUGGCUGCAAGAGGAACUUCAUCUUGGCCAAAGAGAAGGAAGAGAUUGAGCAAAAGAUGAGGCAUUCAGCCUCUAUGGCAGAAAUCAUCAUAGAGGAUCAAGCUCAGGAUGAUGAAGAUGAGGACCACUCUGCAUCUGCUGACAAGGGAGAGGAUGAACCCACUUCCAGUCAGAAAGACACAUCAGAGGAGGGAGAUGAGGAGGAAUCAUUUGAGAACCAAGAGAUCAAAGAUCAAAAAACGAUAGUGCAAGACGACUCUGACUCGGACACUGACGAUGAGGAUAUAGCUGAAGCGGUAAAUGCUUCUGCAAAGACCAUGUCACCAAUAUUGAUUCCAUCAUCAGCUUCUGCAGUAAAUGCAUCUCCAAUUGCCUGUAAGCCCACAUCCCCUACACCUCCUCCCCUUGCAUCUCCAGCUAUUUCAGGGAUUACGGUGACUGAUGCCAUCGUUGCUCCUGGAACACCACCAUCCACUGGCUGGUGCUUCUCUGUGUCCAGCCCUGGCAGAGGACACAAGAUAUUUAUGGUGACACGAGUGGAGAGCCCUCCAGAACAGCAACAGCUGACUGAAUUGCCUAGAAGCAUCCAGGAGAAGGCAGCAGAGAGCCAAACUAAUAUAGCUGCACCUAAAGAUCCUUCAAACGCACCUUCACAGCUGCCUGAGCAGAAAUCAAGCAAUCCUUCUAUUGGCCUUAAUGGAACGGAGACACCAACGAUGGUCCAGCAGUUCUCUGAAAAACAGCCGUCGCCAGUGCAGUCAAACAUGGGCAAACCUGAGUCACUACAGCCAGCACGGACACAACCAGCAGAGUCUGAUCUCACUACAUUAACCACACAUGAACUACAUGCAGCAACAACACCAGGGCAGGCCCCCACUGAGCGACUCAACUACAACGACAAGACAUUGACGCCUUUAUUUUCUGUGGAUAAGCAGGAAAAUGUGCAAGAACACACUCAUUCAGAAAAGGUUUUAUCUGAGCAUCAAGCUUCAAUAUCAGAAAGCACACAAGAGUCUAAGAUUGUGAGCUCAGAGCAACAGGCUACAGCAGAAACAUCAACACCAAAGCAGUCUUUAGAAAUCCAGAGAGACUCUGUCCUUGCAAAUCAGUCUCACGUAGGGCAACAAUUAACGAACAUGCAAAGAUUGCAUGAGCAGGACCAAACAGCGUCCUCUUGUGCUGAACAGAAAUGGGAAACAUGUAGUGAUCACAAUGGCCAAGAAUCUGGUCCCUCCCAAACAGAGCCAUUGGUUUCAGGACAAUCAUGGGAGGAGAUGCCAAACCUAGAGACUGAAUCCACAUCUAUUGCAGAUGUGCAGCAGGGCAGUAAUGAGGAGGAACAAGUGCAAUACAAAAAGCAGCAACAGACUGCUCAUGUUCAGCCUUCACUAGAGGUCACUGAAACUCAUGGCUUUCUAGAGGCAGAAGGCUGUAUUAUUCCAGCAAACGUGGAAAAGCGUUUUCUCGAGGAAAGCUUCACAGAAGAUGCAGAUGGACUUCUCACUGUGACCACAGGGGCAGCACUGCCCAAUGGGCUAAAGCCAGAUUUUGCCUUUCACCUGCUCGAAUCAGAUGGGCCCAUACCAGCUAGCUGCAUUAUGGAGCAUGUGAGCGUGACCGCAGAGCUGAGGUGUGGGCAGAAUUUAGAGGAGCUACUUCUUGAUGCCAGUCUGGACACCAGCAGAGAUGCACAUUAAUGCUGGAACCAAGGGUACACACGUGCAGUUAAAACAAGGACCGGUUUGUUCUGACCACUUGGAAUUUGCUCAAAGUCCUUGGGUCCUGUUUUCUUUCUGUCUGUCUUUCUCGUAUCAUUUCCCAAAAUGUUUCAAUACUUUGCAUCGACUCACAUCACACUUCCAUCACAGAAAACGUGCCCUCCCUCAAAUAUCCACCCCUAACAUGAUCGAAAAGAUAUUGUCAUUCUCCUGAAAUUAGGGUUAUCUCAUUUGUGCAUUGUGGUCAAAAAACAAGUUGAAACAAUCAACAUUUAUGUAAUAAUGAGACAUUAAAGCUUUCCUCUCCCCUGUCACCAUGUUUAUUCAGUGAUGUUCUUUCAAAACAUGCAGUUACCAAAGACACACAUGCAGAGACACUCGCUAACCGGCGACCUCUUCUUGUCCACCCGAUUAAGCUGUCUACUUGGGCACAUCACUCACUGCUGCCCCAAAUAGACUGGAUGUCAUAAUGCAGUAGAAAGACUGACCUGCUCAGACUACUGCAACAACUUGAACUUUGUGUGGGAAAAUUUCAUCGGUUUAGGUUUUCAGACCUCACUGAUCAGGCAGGACUUGUUUAGUUUGAGUGUGUGCCAUUGCAUGUGAAUGUGUGUUCAUCAAAGAUUAUUGGUGGCUCAUUAACAAAAAAGACUUCUACCAAAGUGACACGCAUCCACUUUUCAUUUUGUCCUGCUGCUUGUGUCCUGCUCAGGAAUUGUUGUUUCUGUUUUCAGCAAUGGGCGAGACUCUGAUCUGUCAAAACACAUUGGUAUCCACUCCCACUCUGAUCUCAACAGGUUCCCUCCAUGACCCAGCACUUUUGAAGCCUCUAAAGCAUUUUGAAACCUGCUUGAAUAUCUGGAAGUGGAACAAUUGACAUCUGCCUAGGCUGAAAAAUUGUUUAUCUUGAGUGAGUCAUCUGAAGGAUCCAGAUGAUUCAGACUACUUCAUCCUUCGCUGAAGAAACACAACAUGAAAGUUUAAAAUGAAUAAAAUGUAAAAUGUUUCACUCUCUCUUGCUUUCUCUCUUGCACAGAUACAGUCUUCCAUCGGUAUUACCCUCUUUGUCAACAUACCUGAAGACUCAUGAUACGUUUGCCUUUAAACCUCUGCUCUUUAUUCUGGCUGAUUUGCUGAAUCAGUUUGUAUUUAUUUUAAAAUCCUCUAUUGUUUUUUUUGUUUUUUUUCUCCCCACUUCCUUGUAUUCCCCAUCUUUUUGAAGCUGUUUUUGUGGGAUUCCCCAUUUGGUGUAUAUUUUCAGAUUCUAUAAUGAGCAAAUAUUAAGAUUAAAGUUUUUCCUAUUUUGAUUGUUGCGGGUUGGGGGAAAGGGCUGGGCCCUGUUGAUUUAUAUUCAAGGGGAUGGAGCUCUGGGGAAAAACUAAUGUAAAUCAAGAGUGUGUUUUGAGGGUGAAGGCAGUAGGAAUGCUGGACCUCAAGACUUUAUGAAGACAACACUACAGUUGUGAAGCUACUGAUGCUGGGGACACUAGAGACUAACUUAACCUCGAGUGAAAGACCAGUUCACCGACCUAAGAUGGGAUUUUUGGGACAAAUUGAAAGGUUGUGAUAUCAAAGGAAAGUGAUAAUUGUAGUACUUGCGACAUUCCAGGGUCUAUGGUUGGUGUUUUUUGGUCUCUCUCUCUCUCUCUCUCUCUCUCUCUUUUCAAUGUCUGGUUGAUGUUGACUUUGAAAAGAAACAUAUAUCUACCAGGUUUCAUCAAGUUCCAGAUAAUCUUUGCCUCUACAUUCAGAUUGUCUUUAACCUUGAAAUCAACAAUUACGUGCAGCCCCCAACCCAAUGUUUGUUACGCUUGAUUUUUAGUAAUUUUUAUAAUUACCUGUUAAAUUAAUCAAAUUGUUCUGGUAAACAAAAAGAGAUGUGUAUGGCUUUUUCCCUCUCAAAUAAAUGCAUGUAAUGACAAAAAUAGGAUGUCUGGCAAUUAUUUCUAUAAAAUUGUUUGCCUAUUAAGUAUUUAGCAUUCAUACUUAACAUUGAUUUGUUAUACCAAUUAAGAUCAAGAAAUUAUUUAAAAAGUAUCAUAUCAUCUAUCUAUCUGUCAUGUAACGUGUCUGUGAGAGAGAGAGCGCGAGAGGACUAAAUAAGGAGAAUUGAACUGUGUUUUGGGGUUUAUAUAAAAGAAAUCCACACUUCAGGUGGUCUGGUAUGCUUACACACCCUGAGAUGCAUGCUAAAACAUUUCUGCCCCAGGAGUGCAAUAUGCUCAAGAUUAUCAAGCUUCUGGUGGAUGCCAAGCCCCCAGGAUAUUAUAUAGCCUUCAGAGACAACAGCAUGACUGCUGUGUGCAUUUUUUUUUUAUUUCCCUUUUUGAUUUGUAACCAGUUAUUCUAGUUAAUGAAAACUGAAACUAAUCCUAAAUAAAAAAAAAAAAUUGUUAGAAAAAACAAACUAAGCUGAAAUAAUUUUUCAAACUCUAAAACUAAAAUAAAAUUUUUAUCAAAUUAAUUUUAGUUUUUGAUAUUCUAGAGUGAAUAUGGGCAAAGUGCGACACUUCUGAAAUAUUUUCCAUUUGUUGAUAAUUCUGAUCCAAACAUGUAACCUAACAUUACCCUUGAAGAAAGUUUAGGAUGUCUUCUAUUUUAGUCAAAAGUAAAAAUGAAAUAAUGCUUAAUACUGGGGAAGUGGUAACUUUGAAAAGUGGUCCAAACAUCAACUGCAGCCUGAAACUGAACCUUUUUUUGAUAGGAAGUUUAGAUUGAAUGCAUUUAGCUGCAUAGAGAGCGAUAGGUUGCUCCCUAUUUAGUGAAUGACUUAACCUUUAGUGUGACGUCUGUCUGCACUGGUCUCAGAAAAGUUUGAAAUGCACCUUAUUGCUCAUAUAAAGCAUCUGGAAGCAACAUUUGUCAGCUUUUGGAUGAACCCACUGAUUCUGAAUGUGAUAAUACACAGUAAAUAAAAGAUUUCUGAAGACAAAAUGUGCUAAAGUACACAUCAGUGUACAUUGUGUUUCACGAUAAAUAGCUCCAAAAAAAAAAAAAAAAAGUACAUAAGAUGAAACUAGGGACUAAGUCUUUUUUUACUCAAACAGGUAAAUAAGAAAUUAAGUUUCUUUUAUCAGAUGUUGUUUUGUUGCAGUUUCUCCCAAAGAUAAACUCAGAUGUGGUCAGCACUAUAUUGUUUUGAGACAUGACGCCGUGUGUUGAAAGUUUAAUUCUUUACUGACAGCCCAGACUCUCCUGAACUAAGACCAGUCAAUUUAAAUUAAUUUAAAUUAUGCGUACCAUACAGCAAAGUAAAAAUACAACAUCCACACAUGUGUACACGGGGUUGCACAUGGAUACAGUAAAAGAGGGUUCGAGAAUAAAAUAAUACAUAUACUGCUGCUGUAGAUGUCUUGAGGUAUAUUGAGUUUUUUACUAACGUGAGAGGUCGCCUGAGUUUAGAUAUUUGAAUAAAAACAGUGAAAUUCAGCUUAAUUUAAAAUAAUCUUGAUGUAUAUUUUUAGGUAAUGUACAAACACAU